UAAUUGUUUCCUUUACAUUAUGAUUAUUUAAAAAUAACAAUUUAUUAGACAAAUUCAUUUUUCCAAUUAAACCAAGAUUGUUUUAUAACUAGCGUUUGUCCUCUUGGGCAUCUACGUCACGUCCUGUUGUACAACAGCAUGUAAACAUUGUAUAGUACAGCAUGGCCGCCCAGUUGGUUAGGACUUUACCACAGUGCUGCAGGCAGAUCUUGCGGCCAUGGAACACAUGGCAGGCAGGGUUGAGAAGCUUGUCCACCACACCUGUCCCAGCCGAAGCAGCAGGUGUGGUCUCUUCCCCUCCACUACAGACGUAUUCAGAGGAGGAGACCAUGAUGAGGGAAGCAGUGAAGAAAUAUGCACAAGAACGCAUCGCUCCAUUUGUUUCAAAGAUGGACGAGAAUUCCGCCAUGGACAAGGAGGUCAUCCAAUCUCUCUUUGAACAGGGUCUCAUGGGCGUAGAAAUUGACCCAGAUUAUGGUGGGACUGGCUCUACAUUCUUUUCCUCCAUUCUGGUCAUUGAGGAGUUGGCGAAGGUGGAUCCAUCUGUGGCUGUUCUCUGUGAUAUCCAGAACACGCUGAUAAACACACUGUUUUCCAAACUGGGCACCCCGGCUCAGAAGGACCAGUACCUUUCCAGACUAUCAACGGACAUGAUUGGAAGCUUCUGCCUUUCAGAGGCAGAGUCAGGAAGUGAUGCCUUCUCGCUGAAGACACGGGCUGACAAACACAACGAUUAUUACAUAAUUAAUGGAUCUAAAAUGUGGAUAAGUAAUGCAGAGCAUGCAGGUGUGUUCCUGGUUAUGGCCAACGUGGAUGCCUCUGCUGGAUACAAGGGCAUCACCUGCUUCAUUGUGGACCGGGACACUGAGGGGCUGGAGAUUUGCAAGAAGGAGAACAAGCUCGGUCUGCGUGCGUCUUCUACCUGCCCACUAAACUUUGACAAUGUUAAGGUACCAGAAAAGAACAUUUUGGGACUGGUCGGCCACGGUUAUAAAUAUGCCAUUGGAAUGCUGAAUGAGGGAAGAAUAGGCAUUGCUGCUCAGAUGCUCGGACUAGCCCAGGGUUGUUUUGACCACACGAUUCCUUACACUAGACAAAGGGUGCAGUUUGGAAAACGUAUCUUUGACUUUCAGGGCAUGCAGCACCAAGUCUCCAAUGUAGCAACACAGAUUGAAGCAGCUCGCCUACUGACGUACAACGCUGCUCGACUGAAAGAAUCUGGGAGGCCUUUCAUCAAGGAAGCCUGCAUGGCUAAAUACUUCACGGCAGAGGUUGCAACACUAACAACUUCAAAAUGCAUUGAAUGGAUGGGAGGUGUUGGCUUCACUAAGGACUAUCCCAUAGAGAAAUACUACAGAGACUGUAAAAUUGGCACUAUUUACGAAGGCACAAGCAAUGUCCAGCUAUCAACUAUAGCCAAGUACAUCGACAAGGAGUUUGACCACUGAAAUGAUCUGACCGGAGAUCACCUUUGAACGUUGUGCCACGCUGUGCCACGUUGUGAAUGCUGUGUCACAUAUCUGUUUUAGUUGUACAAUGUGGGUCUUAUAGAGAGUUACUGAAUUUCCUUGCACAAUUUUAAAUUAGGUGAUGCUGUUACUAGUUACUUAAUUUCCCUCCGUCUUAGAACUGGAAGAUAUAUCAUAUUUUCAAAACAAUCUGUUUCUUUGUUAAGAAAUCAUGUGGGACAAUGUACAGAGUCUGUCUUUACAUUUACGGAAUGUUAAUAUUAUCACACGUAAUCUCCAUAAACACUGUAGAGUUACUUGGUGAGAAAAUGAAAAAAGGAGUAAACUUAUAAAAAUGACUGGUAAACAUACUGCUAGUGCUCUGCAGCUAGUUGUGGCAGAGCUGUACUAUUUUGGUCACUAGGUGGCAGCAUUCUCCCAGAGGUCAGUAUGUGUUUUCUAACGGUAAGAGUCAAUUACACGUGGUAGCCUAACAGCCUGUCACCUCUAAUAAUAUUGUCUAUGAAUUUAAUUAUGCCAGUGCUUCAGAUGAAAAGAGACCGACCGCCUCGCGUAAUUGCCAGACUGAUCAUUUUUCAGGUGAGAUUAAACACGCCAUGUAUAAUGAGGUCUAUUGUUUUACACUGAACAGACAACGUGUGUCCCUUCACGCAGACACACCCUUUAUGACUUUUGCGUCCAAAGAUACAGUGCUAACCGAUAGCAUAAGUUAAUUAUUGCUUUAUUAUAAUAAUAGUAAAAUAUCCAUUAUUGCUGUUGUUAGUAAGGUUAAAAAUCAAUUAAGGAAAGCAGGUCAAUGACCUAGAAGUAUCUACAAUGGCCAGUACAUGUUCAUAAAAUUAUUUGUUUAAAAUAAAUAACUUGGUUUAACAUAAAAAACCUAUGUAGUGCUGUAAGAUUGCUAAUUGAUUUGGAACCGCCUUUAGGUGGCAUCAUUUUCACUCCAGAACAAUUUUGUUUUGAAUGUCAUGAAUUUAAAACUGUUGAUGGCUGCAACCCAGUCCAAAAUAUUAUAUUAACUUAAUAUUAUUAAUAAGAAAGUAAGACAAAUUCAAAUUACAUUUUUGACAAUUUCCACAGUUACUGGUAACAGGCUUGGGUAUUAAUUAAUACUGUGAAAUGCAUUGUUUAAUUUGUGGUAAAGGUCAAAGGUGACAAAUCUAUGUAAACCUGUUCUUGUUGAUGUUGGUAAUUUUUUUCUUUAAUCAUAAAAUAAACUCACAGACAUAUUUACAGUA